AUGGACUACGUCGAGAACAGAAUGGCCCAGGAAGCCGCCAAGCAGACCGGCAGUGCCGAGUCCUUCGUCACCCCCCUCAACCUCGUCCUCCUCGGCAUGCUCCUCUACACGGCCUACAGCUGGCUGAGGCCCCAUAGCCCGGCCACCAUUCCCAAGGAAGAGCCCGCCGUCGUGUUCAGAACCUUCACCCCGAGGACGCUGCUGCCGUACAACGGCGAGAAUGACAUGCCCGUCUACCUGGCCGUGCGUGGUCGCGUCUUCGAUGUCACCCGCGGUCGCAACUUCUACGGCCCCGGCGGUCCCUAUGCCAACUUUGCCGGUCGUGACGCCUCCCGCGGUCUCGCCUGCGGUAGCUUCGACGAGGAGAUGCUUACCAAGGACCUUGACGGCCCGCUUGACACUCUGAGCGAUCUUGACAAGGAUCAGCUGGAAGCGCUCCAGGGCUGGGAAGAAAGGUUCCUUGAGAAGUACCUCGUUGUUGGCAAGCUGGUGGCUGCUGGCGAGGAGGACAAGGCUGAGUAG